AUGGUGAGUGAUUAAAAUGAUGGAUUUUUGUGUUAUGGCUGAUGGGUUUCGAUUAUUGUGUGUAGAUGCCUGCCUUUGAAUUAAUUAAUUAAGCAGUGGUGUGGUGUGGUGGUGACAGUUCAAAAAUGGCGGGUGAAAUUGUGGAGCCUAUCAGUCUUGAUUUUCAGGCAGUUUCAUUUAAUUCAGGCUCGAUCUCGUUUGGAAGAUUCGAAAACGAAUCACUAUGUUGGGAGAGGAGGUCGUCGUUCUCGCAUAACAGGUAUCUUGAAGAGGUGGAGAAAUGUUCGAAACCGGGUUUAGUUAUCGAGAAGAAGGCUUACUUUGAGGCCCGUUUUAGAAACAAGGGUAUUAUGGGUACUCUAAAUUCGCCCGAAAGUCGAAACGAGAUUACUGAAUUUCAAACCUCUGAAAAAAUCGACAUCUCAGACGAGACGAUCAAUCGCGACGAAAUCCAUUCUCCGUGUUUUGAUGAAUUUAAGGAACCGGAAACAGAGAUCGAAGUGAAAGCAGAGAAUUUUGAUAGUCGUGUAACUGAGGGAAAACAACGAGGUUCAUCUUCCGAGGUUUGUAGUUUUUUUUUCCAUGCAUGUACUUGCAUUGAAGCUGAAAAGAAUUCAUCACAAGCUGAGAAUAUGAAGCCCAGAUUAGCGGUUCGAGUUAGCGUUUCCAGCAAAGCUUCUAAAGGCUCGGACAAGAAACCUAGUACUAAAAUUGUCGACAGAAUUCCGACGAGAGUAAAAGCAGAGAAGAAGAGUUUAGAAGCUUCCGCUCGUCGGGAAAAAAUCCCAAUGCACCAAACCACGAAAAACGAGCCCGCUUCAAAAUCGAGAGGACUCAAUGAAAUCAAAAGGGGUGAAAAAGAAUCAAGAAACAGAGGAAUCGAAGAGACUCGAUCGGGAUCCUCUUUGUUGCGGAAGGUUCCGAGUAGAGUGCAUGAAAGUGAAAACAGGAUAAAGCCUGCAGUUAGUAUUUCUCAGCCGCGCAUAAAACACGAUACUUCUUCUAGGUUCGGUUUCAAAUGCAACGAGCGUGCCGAGAAACGAAAAGAGUCGACAAGGUUUUUAUUUUUUUAUUUAUUUACCCUUUCAAUUAAUCAGUUUGAUAUGAAGAUAGAGGAAAGAAUACAUGCAAAAGAAGCUGAAAUGCACCAACUUCAGGAAAAAAAUCAGGAAAAAACAGAAGCUCAAGUUAAGCUGCUUCGAAAAAGCCUAAACUUCAAAGCCAAACCACUUCCGUCUUUUUAUCACGGAGCUAUUCACGACUCGUCAGAUAGAAACAAGGUACCCGAACGAGUCUUUAAAAAAUUCUUGUUUAUAGUUUGAA